UCUUCUGUUCCAAUUCGUUCCGAAACAUUCUUCUCAAUUCCUGUUGGUUUUUAGAAUCUGAGUUUAAAAAGGAAAUGGGAGGAGGUAAAGACAAGCAUCAUGACGAGCAAGACAAAGGGUUUCAUGGGUUUCCAGGAGGUGGACAUCAUUACCCACCCGCUCCUGGAGGUUACCCACCCGCUGGAUACCCACCACAACAAGGGUAUCCUCCAGCUGGAGGCUACCCACCUGCUGGUUACCCACCCGGUGCUUACCCUCCUGGACCUGGAGGUUAUCCUCCUGCUCCAGGGCACGGUGGUUACCCUCCUGCAGGCUAUCCUGCUCCUCACCACUCAGGACACUCUAGUGGUGGACUGGGAGGUAUGAUUGCUGGUGCAGCUGGUGCAGCCGCAGCAGCCUAUGGAGCUCACCACGUUGGUCAUGCAUCACACAACCCUUACGGUCAUGCAGGGCACGGAGGAUUUGGCCACGUUGGCCAUGCCUCUCAUGGUUAUGGUCAUGGUGGUCAUGGUAAAUUCAAGCACGGAAAGCAUGGAGGCAAACAUGGAGGCAAGUUCAAGCAUGGAAAGCACGGGAAACAUGGUAUGUUUGGAGGAGGAGGCAAAUUCAAGAAGUGGAAGUAAUCUGAAAAUCCACCUUUGAUUCUCUUCUCCAGUAGUCUCAUUACCUGACCGAUGUUUUCUAAUAAUCCCCUCUCAAAACUUUACAUUUUAACUAUAUCGGUUCAGAGAUCGCUGGUUCAGAGGAAAUAAAUGGAGAGUGGUAGUAUAAUGUAAAAAUCUUGUGGCAUCUGCAGAAGAGGUUUCUUCAACUCUUAAUAGCAGAUGCCCUGAAACUUAUCUAUAAUUUGGUUUUAUAAUUGACAUUUCUGUUUGUUUUGCUUCUUUUUUUAUUCUAAAUCUUUUAAGUUUGAUGACUUGAUGUUGGUUAAGUUUUCAAAUUAUAAUAUAUGUUGUAGAUACUGAUAUUGUAUGUUUGAUCUUUUUACUCUUUCAUUUUUUUUUUUCAAAUUAUAGUAUAUUCGUGUAGAAGAUCGGCAUAGUCAAAGAAAACUUUCCUUUUCUGUAUUUUGAGAAGAUGCAAAGUCUCUGUUUAGGUUCCUUCUGUGUUCUAACUAAAGUAAUGUCAUAAGAUUGUCUAGUUAGCGAAUUGGAAAUGGUACUCGAACUGAUCGGCAACAGGAGCCCCUUCUUCCUAUUCAACAUCAUCUUUAUCAGCCUUUGCUUCCUGCCUCAUUUGUUCCUUAGAUUGAUUUAUUGUCAAAGCAUCCAUGGAGGCAGCUGUUUCAUACUAGAAUAUCUAUUUUCCAGUUUCGGCAUCUUAUUUUCUAUCACCAAGGUUAACCUCAAAUUAACCAUAUACAAGUUGUAAGACAUCAAACCAACCACAAUGAAGGAGAGCAAGGCAGGGAAAACUUGACAACGGACUUUGAGCAAACAAGAAAUCACAACACAUAUUUGAUUCAUGUAGAAUAACAAUAACUAUGUAAAGACAUGUAGAUUGCAUGGGAUGAACAUAUGUAUACAAAUUAUUUUUAUAUUUUAUUAUUUAUUUUAUGCUAUUUAUGUAUUAUAUUAGUAAAUAAUAAAUAUAUUAGAU